AUGGACAAAGAUGAACACUUAGCAUUCUUGAAGGAAUUGGAUUUUCAUGGGAAAGGCAAUUGGGCUAAGAUUGCUAAGGAUUUCGUGCCUAGCAGAACAUCAACACAGGUUGCUAGUCAUGCUCAGAAGUACUUCAUGAGAUUAUUGGAUGCUAAUUCCAAUGAGAGAAAAUAUCGCAAGAAAUCAAGUGUUUUCAAUCUUAGUCUUGAAAAAAUAGAGGACAAUCAUCAUGCUUUUGAAAAUAAUCAACAAAGUGUCCAAGAAACUCAUAAUGUUUCAAGUUAUGUUCCAAUAGAAAAUAAUCAACAAAGUGUUGAAGAAACUCAUAACGUGCCAAGUUUUGUCCAAAUUAUUACAGAGUGA